AUGGCUAUGUUUCUAAAAACUACAAAUCUAGAAAAUCUUGAUAGGAUCUAUAAUGGUCCACACAAGCCAACAAAGCUUUCUAUUGCAGUUGGAGAAAAGCAACAAAAGAUGAUUCCUAAGGAAAAGAUUGACUACACUCAUGAGGACAUCAAUUUCAUAAGCAAGGAUGCCAAGAAAAAAAAGAGACAUGGAGGAAAGUCCAUGUUAAUUACCUUGAAGGCUGAGGAGAAAGCUCCGAAGGAAGUUGUUGUGAAGAAGAAUCACUUCGAAAGAAAUGCUCUACUUACAAAAUUUGACAGUGAGUCAUCAAGCUCUAAUAAUGACUCAAACUCUAAUAAUCUCUCAUAUUAUGAUGAAGAUCAUACUAAUAGUGAGAUGAUGCGACUUGCAGCCUUGAUGGCCAACAGUUUUAAAAAGAUGGCCUAUAAGAACUUCAAGAAGGGCAAGAAGUUCUCUAGAAGGAAUUUAAACUCUGAUAUGAAGAGUUUUAUAAAAGUUGAAGAAAAAGAUGACAUAUAUGACAAAGUGGACAACUUCAAAAUAAAUUGUUACAAUUAUGGUGAGAAACUAUCUUACGACCAUUUGAAGCUUGAUAAUUUCACAUCAUUUGUUUCUGAUAUAGGUUCGAGUACGAGGAUUGCUAGAUUGAGGUCUGGGUUUGGAAAAGAGCUCAGGGAAAACAGGAAUGAGAUUAACAAGGAAAAUGGUGAAUCAAGUAACAAAGGCUCACAUGGGGCUUCAUCCUAUCAACAUGUGCAUCAUGCAUCUCAUGAUAAAGGAGUCUCAAAAUCAACUCCUUCGUCUUGUGUUACAAAUACGGGAAGUUCAAGAAUCAACCUUAACAGAGGAGGACUCAAUGUGAAUACUGGAAGAUCAACUCCUUUGUCUUGUGUUACAAAUACAGGAAGUUCAAGAAUCAACCAUAGGGAAGCAGGGAACCGUGAAAACAUAGUUCAGGAUGAUGACCUGAUAUACGAUGGUGGUAAGGUUGAUCAUUCCAUCAAUAAUGGUCGUUCUCCUUACAUCUAUAGGUUAAAUGGACAAAACCAUCAUGUUUUUGGUUCCCUUAUUCCGAAUAACGGUGGUGACCCAAAGUUUUGUCAGUUAUAUAUUUAUGAUACUGAGCAUGAGGUUGAGAAUCGAAUGAGGUGGGUUAACAUGGAUAAUGGUGAUACAGUUGAUGAAGAAAUUGUCUGCGGUCUGUUAAAUAUGCUUGAUUCCACGAAUGAGCUGGUUCCCUAUUUCAGAAUGGCGCGUGAUCGUUUUAAAGAUGAUCCUGUACAAGAUCAUAAAAUAGUCAUGAAGGUUUGUCGUGCAGUUACCGGGCGUGAAAAUUUCAUUGGCCCAUCUAAUGAAGUCUGGGAGAUCAUGGUAGGUGAUUUAGAGGAUACAUGUGGUCUUAGAGACAUUAUUAUUGAGAGUUUUGCAGAUGGUCUUGAGCGAAUAUUAGAUAUCCAUCCUAAGCUGAUGGCACUACAGUACCCACUGCUUUUCCCUAAUGGCGAAGAUGGUUACCAUGAUGAUAUACCUUAUGAACGGACCAAAAACAAUGCAGGCAAGAAACGUAAAAGAGUCACCAUGAAAGAGUUUUACUCAUACAAGAUACAAGUCCGUCCGAGCGAAGGUAGUACUGCAAGGCUUGGUGGCAGAUUAUUCCAACAGUAUAUUGUAGAUUCGUUCUCGGCUAUUGAACAAGCACGAUUAUGGUGGUAUCGCACACACCAAACAACCUUGCGCAGUGAUCUUUACAGCAAUAUGAAGAAAAGCCUACGCAGUGGUGAAGAAUCUACAACUAAUGUGGGUAAAGGUUUUAUUUUACCUGCAAGUUUUCUUGGUUCUAAACGCUACAUGCAGCAGAGCUUUCAAGAUGCUCUUUCUGUGUGUCGUUAUAUUGGUCAUCCCGACAUAUUUCUGACGAUGACUACGAAUCCACUAUGGGAUGAGAUAGUGCAGAUGAUGAAAAACAUGCCUGGUUGUAAUACAGUUGAUUCACCUGACAUUAUUGCCCGUGUCUUUAAACUUAAACUUGAUCAGAUUGUGGAGGACAUUAAGAUGAAGUCAUAUUUUGGAACAUGUAUUGGAAUUGUUGAGUUCCAAAAGCGCGGGUUGCCACAUGUGCAUAUACUUAUUUGGCUGGAUGGAGAUUCCAAGAAGAAACUGAAUGCCAAUGUUGAUGCAUUUGUAUCAGCUAAAAUUCUGGAUCCUGAAACUGAUCGUAUUGGUUACAAUGCUGUGGCAAGGCAUAUGAUGCACGGUCCCUGUGGACUGGAGAAUCCAAAGUCUCCAUGCAUGAAGAAUAUGAAAUGUACCAAACACUUUCCAAAGCAGUACUCUUCCCAGACAAUCUUUGACCAAUCUGGCUUCCCUGUUUACAAGCGCCGAAACACUGGAAUUACAGUUAAAAAAGGGAAGUCGUUGCUUGACAACCAAUAUGUCGUGCCUUACAACCGUGAUUUAUUGGUUAAAUAUCAGUGCCACAUGAAUGUAGAGAUCUGUUGCCAUGCUCGCAGUCUAAAGUAUUUGUUUAAAUAUUGCCUCAAAGGCCAUGACCGUGCUACGGUGGAGAUUUCCAAAAAAAAUUCAAAUGUUGAUGUUGAUGAAAAUCUUCUUAAGGAUGAAAUUCAAGCUUAUUUUGAUGACCGAUAUAUAUGUGGUGCUGAAGCUGCAUAUCGCAUAUUUGGAUUUGAUAUCCAUUAUCGUUCCAUUUCAGUCUUACGCGAUGAGCUGCAAAAAGUUGUAAACAGGGAGAAGUUUAAACGCAGUCAACUGGAAGCAUUUUUCCAACUGAACAUUGAUGACAGAAAUGCCAGGAAGUACACUUAUGAUGAAAUUCCAUGCUAUUAUGUGUGGAAUGCAUUAGAUUGUGUAUGGACUGUCCGCAAGAAAGGAAACCAAAUUGGAAGAUUAUUACAUUGUCACCACACUUCUGGUGAAAUUUGGUACUUACGUUUGUUACUUACCAAGGUGCGUGGUCCGACAUCUUUUGACAAUUUAAAAACUGUUGGUGGUUGGAUUUGCAAGACAUUCAAAGAAGCAUGUCAGAAGUAUGGCUUCCUAGACGACGACAAUGAAUGGGAUGAGUUGAUGACAGAGUGUUCGAAGUGUGGGUUCCCUGGUCAGAUAAGAGAGCUUUUUGUGCAUAUCAUCGUUAAUUGUCAGGUGUCUGAUAUUAGAGCAUUGUGGAAUAAACACUGGAAGGAAAUGUCACACGACAUACUCAUGCAGCAGACCAGACAAAACCAGCCUGCAGAUACUAUUCUAAGUGGGAAGCAGCUUCAGUUUAAAGUUCUUGCUGAGGUUGACAAAUUGCUCCGAUCCAGUGGCAAGUCAUUAAAGCAAUAUGGUCAGAUGCCUCAGCCUUCAUCAUCAUAUCUGCAAGCAGGUACUGAUAACUUAAUAAAUGAUGAAACCAGUUACGAUGUCAAAGUCAUGGAGGAUGAGUUCAAUAAGCUAUAUCCAAACUGCAAUGCUGAGCAGCUGGAAGUAUAUAAUGCAGUAAUGAAUUCGGUUCAGAAUGGCGAAGGGGGUUUAUUUUUUGUGUAUGGUAGUGGUGGAUGCGGGAAAACUUAUGUAUGGAAGACACUAAUUUACAAACUCAGAUCACUAGGUAAGAUUGUUCCACCUGUAGCAUCUUCUGGAAUAGCUGCAACCUUGAUGCCAGGAGGUCGCACAGCUCAUUCCCGUUUCAAGAUCCCCAUUGUCCUGGACGAGGAUUCCUCAUGCUCCAUUGCUCACAAUUCUUAUAUUGCUGAAUUGAUCAAGCAGACCUCCCUUAUCAUUUGGGAUGAAGCUCCCAUGCAACAUAGGUACGCCUUUGAGUGCCUAGACUGUUCACUUAGAGAUAUUAUGAAAUCUGUCAGCAAGGAACGCGGUCAAAUGCCUUUUGGAGGUAAAACAGUCUUGCUCGGAGGCGAUUUUCGGCAAAUUCUCCCGGUUAUAACCUGUGGUGACAGGGCUGACAUUGUUUCAGCAUGUAUUACAAGAUCGAGGCUAUGGCAUGCAGCAAAAAUUUAUAUUCUUAAGCAGAACAUGCGGCUUAAUCAGGGUCAAUCUGAAGAGGAAAUAGAGAUCCUGAGGGUUUUUGCUGAAUGGGUACUUAAGAUUGGUGAUGGUAAAGUUGGCCCUCCUCAUGGUGAUCUCAGCAACUAUGAAGAAGAUGAUAUUUCAAUUCUUUCUGAUUUUUGUGACACUGAACUCCAGAACUCAGUUGAGAACAUGAUAAAAUGGACUUAUCCACAAUUUACUGAGAAUUACCAAAAUCCACAAUACCUAAGUGAGAGAGCAAUUUUAACACCUACUAACCAAACUGUUGGCCAUCUGAAUUCUGCUAUAAUGGACACAAUUCCAGGUGAAGAGUUCACAUAUUACAGCAUUGACAAAGCUGAAGAAUUUUGUGGUACAGCUACUGAUCUUGAUUUUGCCUUUCCUCCUGAAUAUCUCCACUCUUUUAAUAUUCAUGGCCUCCCGCCUCAUGAACUAAAAUUAAAGGUUGGUGUUGCUGUAAUGCUUAUGCGUAAUUUAAACCAGACUCUUGGACUGUGCAAUGGCACACGAAUGAUGGUCACAAAGUGCUUGAAGCAUUGUGUCCAGUGUGAAGUCAUAUGUGGUGCAUUCGCUGGUACGAGACAUUUUAUUCCUAGAAUGGAACUGUGUCCCAGUGAAUCAAAAUUGCCUUUCAAGUUGCUGCGUAAACAAAUGCCAUUACAGAUUUGCUAUUCAAUGACUAUUAACAAAGCUCAGGGUCAGUCAUUGCAAAGAGUUGGUUUGUUUUUGCCUAAAUCAGUUUUUACUCAUGGCCAGUUGUACGUUGCAUUAAGCAGGGUAACAUCUCCCAGAGGGCUCAAACUCUUUAUUGAUGCAAGUAAUGGUCAGUCCACUGAUGUCACCAAGAAUAUUGUAUACCGCGAGGUCUUCUACAACUUGCCAGUAACUUAG